GCCGCUCCGCGGCGUCUAUUUUGAACGUAAAUAAGGGUACAGCCAGUCUUUCUUCCCCAGAAAGCCGAGGCUGUCAGGUCGGAAAUAUUCUCUGCAGCCGCGCUCUGUCACGCAACAACCAUGCCUCUCUAGCAUCUCGGAAGGGCUGCUUUUGCCACCCAUUAGCUACCAUAACUUAUUCGGACAUGUUUCCGUAACUUUUCGCGGGAGGCUAAAUGCUUAGCUCUUUGGUUAGCGUACACCUCGGGCCACCUCGCUAAUUGGCGACACAAAGUUUCCCCCCAAAAACAACCAAACCAUUUCGUCGGAUACCUCGAGGAGUCGACUUAAUUAGAGAAAAACAACAUGGAUGAAUUUUUGGGCUGUGUUCGUCCCGUCGGGACCAGUGCGAGGAGCAGGCCUGACGACAUCCCCGGUGUUUCUUCGUUGCCUGCGCCGGACGUGAGCUACAAAAUGGCCCACUGCAGGAAUCUCUUCUCCCCGGCAUCACCCGCGCUUCACUCGCCUGUCACCAAUCUUGCACUGGACAUGAACAAAUUGGUGGGACUCGGGAGUCAAUGUGAUACACCGAAGAGGAGCAAGCAUGCACGCCUGGAAAAGGUGUGCUCCAUCGCCUCGGAUGUCUCCUCCGAUGCUGGCCUCGGCAUGGAUCUCACUAGUCCCAUCGAUGCACUGGAACUGGAGAACUCGUUCGAGAAGGCCAUUCAACAGUCCAGUCGAGUGCACGAGAAAAUGCCCAUCAGGCGAAACAACUCCUUGCCGCUUCAUCUCCUUUGCUUCAGUCCGCCCUUGAAGGGAUCCGAACCAGAUGCUAACCGCUACGGAGUUUUUGGCCAGCACCCCGUGUGUGUCGACUCUGCCUCCUCAUCAUCUUCGCGGGACAACAAGGAGAACAUCCCCAAGGAGUGCUUUGAGUUCAAGAAGCCCAACCAGCCCGUGGCCCGCACCCGACUGCGCUCGCUCAGCAAUGCCUCCCCGAAAGACACUUUGGCCCAGCGCCCCAACUCGGCGCCGGCCCUCAUGGUGUCACCUUCCUUUGCGCGACAGCUGCCGUUUAGUGACGACAGCCCGUUGUUCCUUCGAUGUUCCACCCUCACGUCACUCAACGAUGAUGACGACGGUUUCCUGGAUGCGAUGGAUGCGAUGGACGACAACAUGGAGAACAGCAAUGACAUGCCCCAAGGGAUGACCAACUUGCUCACAGCGCCCCUCGUGGCCGACAGCUUAGGACCUGACUCGCCUGUGAUCCGCUGUCGGCCUCGCAGCCUUUUCCGCUCGCCAUCGAUGCCUAGUCCGUCUGUGUCGCGCCCCUGCGCCAAGCGUCCCGACUGCCCCGGAGACGACAACACGCCCAUUCAGGUCAAGCGGCGUCGCAGCCUGGCGAGAUCCGAAGUCACCACGGAGGAUGUCCAUUCCCCCAAGAAGACUUGCCCACUGCUGCCGCGAUCCAAGUCCUUCUGCCACAUGGAGAUCGAUAAAGUUCUGGACAGGAAUGACGACGGCACGGCGGAAUUUAUUGGUGACUUUAGCAAACCCUACGCGCUGCCAACGGUGCACGGAAAACAUCAGGACCUCAAAUACAUCACGGGAGAAACGGUGGUGGCGGCGAUGAAGGGAGAGUUCAGUUACCUCGUGGACCGAAUCAUCAUCAUUGAUUGCCGUUACCCAUACGAGUAUGAUGGCGGACACAUCAAGGGUGCCCUGAAUCUCUACCUGGAGGACGAGGUGGAGGACUUCCUGCUACAGACUCCAGUGGUGCCUUUGUGCCCAGACAAGCGCAUCAUCGUGAUGUUCCACUGCGAAUUCUCGUCGGAGCGCGGACCGCGUAUGUGCCGCUAUGUGCGCGAGCGGGACCGCUCAAUGAACGACUACCCUAAGCUCCAUUACCCCGAACUCUACGUGCUCAAGGGGGGCUACAAGGAGUUCUUCCCCCUAUUCCAGAUGCAAUGCGAGCCCGAGUCGUACCGCACCAUGAUGGACGAGGAUUUCCGCGAGGAUUUGAGGAACUGUCGCCUGAGGAGCCGCUCAUGGGCCGGCGAGCGUAGCAAGCGGGGCAUGUACAGUCGCCUCAAGAAGCUGUGAGCGCUCCCUACUGCCCAUACAUACCCCCUUUUUAUCAGGCAGCUCAUUGUUCCAGUGCCGCCUUUUCUGACCACUUUGGGGCGGCCGGGCUCCUGCCACCACUGCCAAUGUUCACUUUAAAAUCGUUUCAGUACUUAAUUGCCUACUAGGUGGGAGUAGGUGCGUUAUUUUAUUUUUUUCCCCCUUUUCCACACCGCUUCCGCGGUUUUAUAAACUGAGUUCCCUGGUGACCACGUGAAGCACAUCUUCCUCUGUGGCUAUCGUCAUGAUUCUCUUUUUACGGAAAGUUUCCUGUUCUCGCGGUGCCAAAGACACCAAAGACAUGCAGUGAGAUUGCUGCCGUCCUGCAGGACCACAAAAACCUUUGGAGUGUGAAAGAAAGCGUGAGUGAUUUGCAUGUGUGGUGUUGCCCAAAUAUGAGUUUUUUUGCUGAGCGGGCAGGCGCUGCCAGUUUUGACGCACAGCUCUCAGGAGAGCCGCCCAAUAAAGAUCAGUGUGACUUUCA